CAUAAACGUGCCUGAGGCUCUGGAGGACGGCUUUGAAAAGUUGGGGAUGAGAACGAGCUCAUUCGGAUUGGUUAUUCCGCCCACUUCCAGCGCACUUCGCCGGGUCGGUUGCCCCACCGGAUGCCCGCUGCAAAAGCACCGGCGAGCGGCUUGUUUUCCCCGGAUUCUCGCUGUCACAACCUACCCUUUAAAAACAUGGAUUUCUGGCACCGGCGGACGGACUGAAAAAGUUGAGAGUCUUCUCACCGGACGUUUACCUGCUACGAAUAAGCCAUUUCAGCGACUUUUUGGGGGGCGAGUAUGCAAAAGUUUAAUGCCCACGGGAGCGGCGCGCUUCCCCGGUUGACUGACAGUGACGGGGCCGCGGAAGGGAAGGAGAACGGGGCUGGAAAGCAUUUCCUCAGCAAACCCGAGAUGGAGAAAGAGGACAGCUCCAUCUGCAACAAGAGGAAAAUGCUCGUCGGCUUGGAUUUAAUAUGUCUAUUUGUCGCCUCCAUCCCAUUCUUUGCGUGCGAGCUGAAGGCAGUGAAACCGUACCGGCGAGGAUUCUUCUGCGGGGACACCAGCAUAACGUACCCGUACGUGGAGAGAGAGGCUAUCCCAGAUGGUCUGCUCAUCGCUGGUGGAAUUGCCAUCACCGGCCUCACGAUUGCACUGGGCGAAUGUUACCGGGUACGUUUCCGAAACGUGCGCUCGAGGGCUUUUGUCAGCAACCGCUACGUGUCCUGCCUGUACAAAGAGCUGGGGAGCUUCCUAUUCGGUUGCUGCGUGGGUCAGUCGCUCACCAACAUGGCCAAGCUAAGCGUGGGACGCCUGCGACCGAACUUCCUGUCCGUCUGCAAUAUCACUUACGCGUCCAUCAACUGCAUGCCGGGCAGCUACGUGUCCCAGGUGAACUGCCGGCAGCCCAUCCAAAAGAUGGUCGAGGAGGCGAGGAAGUCAUUCUUUUCCGGCCACGCAUCCUUCGCCAUGUACACCAUGCUGUAUCUAGCAUUUUACCUGCAGGCUCGGUUGUCGUGGCGAGGAGCCCGACUGCUGCGCCCUCUAGUACAGUUCAUCUUGGUGAUGAUCGCCAUCUACACCGGGUUGAGUCGCAUCUCGGAUUACCGUCACCACCCUACCGACGUUCUCACAGGGUUUAUUCAAGGAGGGCUCACUGCCUACUGGGUGGCCUUUCACAUCUCCUCAAUGUUUAAGCCUUGCACCCGUCCAGACCUGUCUCCCACCAGCACGUCCCUAGAAAGUCCUCUAUCCAGCCAGCAGACUAUGUGUUAGCAGGCGACGUAGACAAACGAGACACGACGAACGUCGUCGAGGAGCUUGGAGAAGAACAAGAUGGAAUCGUUCCAAGGAGAUGACAAAAAUAUUGAUGGAGUACAAUCUAACACACUGACACACACAAUCAAGUCACAUGGCAGCGAUGUAACCCGCUCUCUCACAAGUGAACACAAGAAGCACAUUCGACUCAAAGUCAAACCCGUCCAGUGAGAAGAACUGCGUAGUGAGUUUUUUUUUUGGUAUUGAUAUAAGAAAAUAUGUUUUUAAAAAAAGUAUAUUUUUCCAGAGGAUUAUUAGAAGCUGCUAAUAUUGAUAGAUAAACAGUUGUUUUUGUCUGUGGUGGAGGUCGAGUGCGCUCAGUUAGCCGUCCGAGCCGAACUUUGGCGUCCGGUAAAGCCGUCUGGCGCUCGGCUGAUGUGAACGGAGGUCUCCCGUGUAUAGACACAAACGCUCGCUGAUGACAAACAAGCACUGGCUUCGACUUCUUUAACCUGCCUGAUGCACCACUGCUCUUAUCAGGCUGCCCCUCCCACUAAAUGACCACAAUAUCUAAAAAUGAUAUAUAUUUUUCUUCUCUGUACUAACCACUUUGACUGUGUCUCAGAGGCAGGCUGAAUUUGAGAAACUUUUGCCCCAAGACUUGGCCUCUGAGCUGCACCUUGAUUUGCGUGAAGCCCUCUUUUAUUAGGAGCACUUGAACGUACAUAACGGAAUGUUAUAAUUAUUAUUAUAAUCCAUAUUGUGUAUUUUAUGAAACGUUUUGAAACAAAAAAAAUCAGUCGGAUUUUGUUGUUGUUUUGGUCAGGCUAAUUUUGGUUUGUAAGAAGAGUUUUUAGGGCCACAUUGAAAAUAAAUACAGUGGGGCAAAUAAGUAUUUAGUCAACCAUUAAUUGUGCAAGUUGUCCCACUUGAAAAUAUUAGAGAGGCCUGUAACUGUCAACAUGGGUAAACCUCAACCAUGAGAGACAGGAUGUGGGAAAAUAACCCAGAAAAUCACAGUUUGAUUUUUCAAGAAUUUAUUUGCAAAUCAUGUUGGAAAAUAAGUAUUUGGUCAAUACCAAAAGUUCAUCUCAAUACUUUGUCGGCAAUAACGGAGGCCAAACGUUUUCUGUAACUCUUCACAAGCUUUUCACACACUGUUGCUGGUAUUUUGUCCCAUUCCUCCAUGCAGAUCUCCUCUAGCGUAGUGAUGUUUUGGGGCUGUCAUUGGGCAACACGGACUUUCAACUCCCUCCACAGAUUUUCUAUGGGGUUGAGAUCUGGAGACUGGCUAGGCCACUCCAGGACCUUAAAAUGCUUCUUAUGAAGCCACUCCUUUGUUGCCCUGGCUGUGUGUUUGGGAUCAUUGUCAUGCUGAAAGACCCAGCCACGUCUCAUCUUCAAUGCCCUUGCUGAUGGAAGGAGAUUUUCACUCAAAAUCUCUCGAUACAUGGCCCCAUUCAUUCUUUCCUUUACACAGAUCAGUCGUCCUGGUCCCUUUGCAGAAAAACGGCCCCAAAGCAUGAUGUUUCCACCCCCAUGCUUCACAGUGGGUAUGGUGUUCUUCGGAUGUAAUUCAGUAUUCUUUCUCCUCCAAACACGAGAACCUGUGUUUCUACCAAAAAGUUCUAUUUUUGUUUCAUCUAACCAUAACACAUUCUCCCAAACCUCUUCUGGAUUAUCCAAAUGCUCGUUAGCGAACCGCAGACGGGCCUGAACGUGUAUUUUCUUUAGCAGAGGGACACGUCUGGCAGUGACCAGAUUUUUGCUCACCGUUCUUGUUAUCAAUUUGACGCCACGGGGUUGCAUGGAGCCCCAGAUCGAGGGAGAUUAUCAGUGGUCUUGUAUGGCUUCCAUUUUCUAAUAAUUGCUCCCACAGUUGAUUUCUUUACACCAAGCGUUUUACCUAUUGCAGAUUCAGUCUUUCCAGCCUGGUGCAGGUCUACAAUUUUGUCUCUGGUGUCAUUCGACAGCUCUUUGGUCUUGGCCAUAGUGGAAUUUGGAGUGUGACUGACUGAAGUUGUGGACAGGUGUCUUUUAUAUUGAUAGAGUUAAAACAGGUGCCAUUAAUACAGGUAACGAGUGGAGCCUCGUUAGAAGAAGAUAGACCUCUUUGACAGCCAGAAAUCUUGCUUGUUUUUAUUUUCCACUCUAAUUUGGAAAUAAAUUCUUUAUAAAUCAAACAAUGUGAUUUUCAGUUUUUUUUUUCCACAUUCUGUCUCUCAUGGUUGAGGUUUACCCAUGUUGACAUUUACAGGCCUCUCUAAUUUUUUCAAGUAGGAGAACUUGCAGAAUUGGUGUUUGACUAAAUACUUAUUUGCCCUAGUGUAUACUACUAAAGUUAUGGAAUAACAAACAAUAUGUAAUUGUAUUAGCCUGAAGUUGUAAACUAAGUAUAAACACAGAUUACACUAAUUACACUUUCAACUUUUGGCACAUAAACACUAGAACAGUUUAUGGUAAAAUAUCUUUUUUCUUGAAAUACUAAACCUUUCCUAGUGAUUUUCCCUUUUCAUUGUGGCCCUAUGAUUCAUUUGUGGUUUUGUGUUAUGGUUCUCCCGUGAAAUGGUAAUUUUUUCAAUUGAAUGUAAAUAGUUUGUCAGUUUAUAAACCACAAAAUUUCACGAGUGUUAGUUGACGUGUUCAUGUUUUCUUUACAUGUAUGUACGUAUGUAUGUAUGUAUUUCAAUCAGGUACAGAGAUAUUUGUAUGUGUUGUAACAACUAGACUGAGCCAUAGAUUAUCAGAAAGCUAUUAUUAAGUUUUCACAUAUUGCUUGUUUUGUCUGUGAAGGCCAGAAAGCCACAAAUAACCACUGUACUCGGAAAAAAAAACCAAACCAAUAAACUGAAUGCUGAAUGUUCUGACUGCCGUUUUACCUUGUCACUGCCAAAAAAUCUACUACAUUGGCAAUUACAUGUAAUUUUGGCACAUUAACGCUUUAUAUCAUGGGUGUCCAAUCCGGUCCUCAAGGGCAGCUGUGGGUCCUGGUUUUCGUUCCUACCAAUCGAGCACAGACAGUGUAACUAAUAAAGUUUCUGCUAAAACAAGCAGCACCUGAUUGCAAUCAACUGAUUACACGUGUAAGACGUCAGAUUAGAGAUAGACCGAUAUAUCGGGCUGAUUUUUGGAAAUUUGACGUAUAUUGGUAUCGGCCUUUUAAAAAAAAAAAAAAUCCUGCCUGCCGAUAUGAAAAAGUCAAUUUAAAGGGCGUACGACAGGAUAAAAAAAAAAAAAAAAAGUCUUAAAUAGCAUUAUUAUGUGAAUUAGAAUCAUAUUUUGAGACGAUUCGACUACAUACAACAAUUUAGCAAAGCGCCGAUGACAUGAAAUUAGUGUUUUAAUUAGGGGUGUCAAACGAUUAAAAUUUUUAAUCGAGUUGAUUACAGCUUAUAAAUUAAUUAAUCAUAAUUAAUCACAAUUCAAACCAUCUAUAAAAUAUGCCAUUUUUUCUGUAAAUUAUUGUUGGAAUGGAAAGAUAAGAACAAGAUGGAUAUAUACAUUCAACAUACUGUAUUUGUUUAUUAUAACAAUAAAUCAACAAGAUCGCAUUACCAUUAUUAACAUUCUGUUAAAGCGAUCCAUGGAUAGAAAGACUUGUAGUUCUUAAAAGAUAAAUGUUAGUCCAAGUUAUAGAAAUUUUAUAUUAAAACCCCUCUUAAUGUUUUUCUUUUAAUAAAAUUUGUAAAACUUGCAAUCACAAAAUAAACUAGUAGCCCGCCAUUAUUGAUGCCAAUAAUUACUUACACAAUGCUCAUGGGUGCUGAAACCAAUAAAAUCAGUCGCACCCAAGCGCCAGCAGAAGGCGACAAAACUCCGAAAAACACAACAAGGACACAUUUCACUGUGCUGUCAUUUUAAUCUGAGCGGGGUAUGUGCGUUAAUUGCGUCAAAUAUUUUAACGUGAUUAAUUUUUAAAAUUACCGCCCGUUAACGCGAUAACUUUGACAGCCCUAGUUUUAAUCUGCCGUCUAGCCACGCCUACCAUUAUUGGGCUCUAGCGUCCCCAACAGGUGGAUGACGUCGGAGGGAUAAUGGUUUCAUCUGAUUUAGUAUGCAGCCCAUUGAGGGGGAAUUAUUCAUAUCGAGGAAAAUGCAACGAAGAGAGCUGCAAAAUGUCAUUGUCUCUCUACCCCGAUAUUUUUAAAGGAUAUUCUUUUUAUCGAAGUAGUUUCCCAAUUGCUAAAUAAAUGGUAUGGUCAUGACAAAUACCAAUCUGGCAGCAUAUAGACAUAUUGUUCCAUCAAACACAACUGUUCUUUUGGCUUAAAGUGCCUGUGACACGAAAAAGCAUGUUUAUUUCAUAAUACACGCGGUAUUUUAUGCCCCUGAAUGAUAUGGGCCGCUUGGAUGUGUGUGGAAGCGAUCGCUAUUUUUAUUUAGUUUUUUGAAUCCCGCGCCAUGAAAAUGAGUGACUUCCGGCUUCGGUCUUGCAUUGAGGAGGAGGGCGCUG